AUGUCUGGUCAAGAAGAAAUGGCAUCAGAACUGCAGACUCCUACCUCAAAGCCAUCCUACUCAGAACUGACAAGCUUGCUCUCUCCAUUAACAAAAUGGCAGCUAUUUGGCUCACAUCUACCAGGCAUUAGUAAAUACAACAUUGAGGCAAUUGAAAUAGACCACAAAUUUAAUGAUCGUCAAAAACAGGCUCUGUACUCCAAAUGGCUAGAUGUUCACCCAGCUGCAACAUGGGAUGAUAACGAAAAAGGCAGAACAGCACUUAUGAUAGCUAGUAAAGGUGGACAUGAACAAGUUGUACAAACACUAGUAUCAGCUGGAGUUAAUGUUAACAUUCAAGAUAAUAAUGGCUACACUGCAUUGAUGCUAGCAUCAAAGCUUGGCAAUACAAAUCUUGUUGAAGUACUACUCAAAGAGAAUGCAGAUGUUAAUAUACAGAAUGAAGAUAAUUACACUGCCCUAAUGCUAGCUAGUUUAAAUGGUUAUGCCCAGGUUGCUGAACUACUAUUGAAUGAGAAUGCUGAUGUUAACAUACAGACUACUAAUGGAGUGACUGCACUAAUGUUAGCUGUUGCAAAUGGUCAUACCCAGGUUGUUGAACUACUACUCACAAAAAGUGGAGAUCUUAAUGCUCAGAAUGAUAAUGGGUUAACUGCCCUAAUGCUAGCUAGUCUAAGAGAUAGUCCAGAUGCUCCACUGGUACUUGGUCUUACUCCACUCAUGGUAGCUUCAUCAUGUGGGCAUGUUGACAUAGUGGAUGCUCUCAUACAAACUGGAGCUAAUGUCAAUAAACAAGAAAGUUAUUGGGGAUUGACUUCUUUGUUCUUUGCUGUAAGAGAAGGUAAAUCUGCUUUAAUAGUAGAGACACUCUUGGAAAAUGGUGCUAACCCUAAUGUAAUUGUUAGCAAUGAAACUCCAUUAGAUGUAGCUAAUGAGACUGAGCUGAAAGCCAUUAUUAAACUACUAACAAAAUAUGGAGGUCAAACAGCAUCACAAGUACAGAAAAAGAAAGAAUAUUCAGACCUGAGUGGGGAAACCAUUGUUGCUAGCAUCUAG